UUAGAUGGUGAUUUUGGACUGGCAGUAGUCUAGAAAGCAAAGGGAGCUCUGUUCAACCAGAAGGAAAUGGGCGUUUAAAGUUCCUUUUAAAAAAGUCUGCAGCAUUCCUCCUCCUGGAAACUUUGGAAAUGGAGUGUUAAAAAAUGGGAGUGGGGGAAUUGGGUGGGCAGUGACAAGAGUGGAAAAGAGAGGACCACCAGAAAGGAAACUUUUUCGGAGUGGUACAGAAGGGCACGCUGGUUUCAGAGGAACAAAACUAUUCAAACUUAGUCUCACUUUGUUAUCCGUUAUCUGACUGGAUCUGGAGGUAUGGCGUACUUAUUGAUUUUUGUGACCCUGCUGCAUCUUAUCACCCUGGCUAUUCUCUUCAUUGCUACUAUGGAGAAGUCUUGGUGGGUUUGGGAUGGGAUGGAGAUCUCAGAUCUCUGGCACAACUGUAGACUUGACAACGACACAGCAAGCUGGUUGUGUGCCACUUCCAAAGAGACUGAUUGGCUCCAAUCGGUUCAGGUGUUGAUGGUGUUGUCAGUGGUCUUCUCCUCUGUCUCCUUUCUGGUCUUCCUUGGGCAGCUCUUCACAUUGUCCAAAGGAGGGCUGUUUUACUUCACCGGGUUAUGUCAAGUCUUUGCAGGUCUUACUGCAUUUGCAGCUGCUCUCAUCUACACGCUGCACAACAAUGAGAUCCUACAGGACUCAAAGGACUUGACUAAAGGACAUUUUGGGUACUGCUUCAUACUGGCCUGGGUGUGUGUGCCGCUACUACUUAUCAGUGGCUUCAUGUACAUACACCUACGUAAGAAAGAGUGAAAAGGGGAGAGAGGACAGUAUUUGGUACAUGUAUGGGUUUGUUGACAAAUGGAAGCAGCUGAAAUAUAUUGUUUUUUUUUUUUUUAUUAAAACAAUAGAGGAGAAUCUUUUGGAUAAAACGUGUAUGUUUUUGCAAUUUAGACACAGGGUAAAACAUUCUUGCUAAAGCAUGUUCAGGAAACAAUAAAACGUCAUUAUUUAGUGCUACAGGCAUUUACAGUUACCUCUGUAAGGAUUGGGACAGUGAAGAUUAUUUUAGUAAAUUUGGCUCUAAACUCCAAAGGUUUGGGCUGUGAGGUUAAAGUAUAUACUCAGCUUUUAUUUGAGGGUAUGUGUGUAAAUGUUUUGUAUGCAAAGGGAAUGCAAACCAAUACUAAAUAUGAGUGCUUUGGACAUUAUUUGAAUCUGUCCCAAUAGUUCUGUUACAUUAUGUAUCAAAAGUGUUGUCAUUCAUAAAUGGUGAAAUCUAUGUUAAAAAAAAAACUUUAAAUAAAAGUCUAUAUUUUAAAAUAUUUAAUGUCCCAAUACGUAGAGAGCUAUAUCUGGAAAUGUCUGAAAGCUCCAAGCCAUUAUUUAUUGUAAAUCUAUGAUUUAUGAAGCUAAUGAUAACAACUGCCAAAUAUAUAUUCCUAAUGUUGCAGAAUGAAACUUGUAUUGCUUUUAAAUAUACUGUAUGUAUGUAGGGAAUUAUAUUUUUGUACCUGCAAUGUGUAGACCAAUCAAGUAUUUUUGUACAUGCAAUGUGUAGACUUAUCAGCUAGAGC